UGUUGCCGCUACUCUUUGUUCAUCACAAAAUUCACAAAUUCGUAAAGAAGGUGACUAUCUUAAUAAAUUACGUCUUAAUUCAGAAGAAUUCAACAUAAUAAAACUUUUGGCACCAUUUGAAGAAAUAACUCGAAAAGCUUCUGGUGCAAAAUAUCCUAUGAUUAAUUUAAUAUAUCCUUAUAUGUACUUAUUAAAGCGAAGGUUUGCUCCAACCGGUGGUAAUACAAUAGAUAGCUAUAUGGACUUAAUAUACGGUCCAAUUUCAUCUGAAGAUACUGAUGAAACUAAUGAUAUUGACAGCAACACAGAUAGUAGUGCUGAGGAUUCAGCAUCUACUUCUGGUACUUAUCAACGUUCAAAAAAAACCUAUAGUAAAAUUCGUAAAAAUAAUAAUAAAGCUAAGCAUAAUAGUUGUAAGCGUAAGCGUGAAUAUAGACGUGGGCGUGGACGUGGACGUGGACGUAAACAGGAACCUAGACGGGAAUAUGAUCAUAAUUAUAGUUACGAUAGUCAACAGGAAAGUGAAUAUAAUCAAGAUUUUACCGGUUUGGUAGAAAAAUUUCAAGCUGCAAUUUACCUUUCUCUUGAUGAAUUAUGGAAUGUUCCAGAUGAAAUAGCACUUUUAGCUACAAUUUUGGAUCCUCGUCUUAAAGGUCUUCGAUUUGUUAAUCAAAAUGAACGUAUUAAUAUUCAAGAAAAACUUCGAGUUAAAUAUGAAGAACUAAGUUAUAACUUACGU